UUUUCUCUUCAGCACGUCCAUCCCAUCCCAUCAUCGUUAUUUCUCUCCUCCGUCCCUCGUCCUCUUCUCCUCUCUCUCCAUCCUCACACAUCAUCCCCCCAUACUACCACAUCUCCACAUCCUCACACAUCCUCCGCACAACACUCUCGCACUUCAGACCCUCCUCUCUUGCACACACACACCCACACCCACACCCACACAUCCACCGCAGCCAUGGGUACCCUAAUCAACUUCAUCAGCCAACACAUCCACAUCCCCCUCAGCCCGGCUCAGAAAGACCACGACCACGACUACCACCAUCAGCAGCAGCAGCGACAGUGCGACCAGCCGCGCUACUACUCCAUCUUCAGCGACCUGUCUGCAGCUGAUGAGCAGCGCGAACGCGCACUCCGCCAAUUCCCCUGCGAAGAGAAGCACUCCUUCAACCCCCACUACCAGCACAACCUCAUCUCGACCUCCCCUUCCUUCUCGUCCCCCCCUUCACUAAGCUCCUCCCCAUCCAGUUCCUCGCCCUCAUCCGCCUACUCUGGCAGCUCCAGCUCGUCCCUUUCAAGAGCAACGGGCGCCAAAGUGUUCAGCCAAGACUCUUAUGCGCAACAGCAGAACCCCAGCUUUAACGCAACCAGCAACAGCAACAGCAACAGCAACAACUACAGCUAUCACCGACAUUACAGCCGCCGUCAGAACCUGCGAUUCUACACCUAUCAGCAACAGCAGGAUCAUUACCAUGACGACUGGAUGUUUGGCAUCACUGAGGAUGAUGAUAAUUACCGUACUGGGCUGAACAGAAGCCAGACCAUCGGCCCUUCGACGACGCGUGCCAUCUCCCAGGAAUGCUCCGUUUCACCCUCGCCCUCGUCCUCCACCGUCUCGUUGAAAUCAUCGAUUUCGCGCAAGAACCGAUCGCAACUCGGACAUGUCAUGAACGCGUUCCCCGCCACUCUGCGAAGCACCGUCACCUUCUCGCCCGUUGUUCUGCAGCACCCUGCACGCAACGAGCCGCAGCAGCAGCAGCUAACCAGCUCGUCGUCCGUGAGCCUGUUGCCCAGCAUUUCCGAGUCGAGCCUCUCAUCUCAGGCCUCGAAUAGCAGCCCUGUCACUGCUACCUUUGACUACACGGCCUCGUCAUCUUCAUCAUCAUCAGAGCAGCAGCAGCAGCACCAGCAGCAGGAGCAUGAGCAGUCGGGUACCGGUGGCCGUUUGACCGCUAAGCAGUCACUGAUGCGUAUCGCUCACUGCUCAAAGUCCGAGGACGGGUGGUGCUCUCAAAAGGCCGGACAAUAUACCAAGCGCUACGCUGAUGUUAACCCUCGCGGGAUGAGAGUGGAUGGCCGUCGCUCUCGUCGUCUGUGAAUUGCAG